GAGGAGGACCCACGGGCGCCGGGCGGGGACGCGGAGGGCAGCAGGCCCCGGCGGGCGGGCGAGCGGCGCCGCGUUCAUGUUCCGCCAGGAGCAGCCGCUGGCCGAGGGCGGCUCCGCGCCCAUGGGCUCCCUCCAGCCGGACGCCGGCAACGCGAGCUGGAACGGGACCGAGGCGCCGGGAGGCGGCUCCCGGGCCACCCCCUACUCCCUGCAGGUGACGCUGGCGCUGGUGUGCCUGGCCGGCUUGCUCAUGCUGCUCACCGUGUUCGGCAACGUGCUGGUCGUCAUCGCCGUGUUCACCAGCCGCGCGCUCAGGGCGCCGCAGAACCUCUUCCUGGUGUCGCUGGCCUCGGCGGACAUUCUGGUGGCCACGCUCGUCAUCCCCUUCUCCCUGGCCAACGAGGUCAUGGGCUUCUGGUACUUCGGCAAGGCGUGGUGCGAGAUCUACCUGGCGCUCGACGUGUUCUUCUGCACGUCGUCCAUCGUGCACCUGUGCGCCAUCAGCCUGGACCGCUACUGGUCCAUCACGCAGGCCAUCGAGUACAACCUGAAGCGCACCCCGCGCCGCAUCAAGGCCAUCAUCGUCACCGUGUGGGUCAUCUCGGCCGUCAUCUCCUUCCCGCCGCUCAUCUCCUUCGAGAAGGCUGGCGGCGGCGGGCAGCAGCCGGCAGAGCAGCGCUGUGAAAUCAACGACCAGAAGUGGUACGUCAUCUCGUCGUGCAUCGGCUCCUUCUUCGCGCCCUGCCUCAUCAUGAUCUUGGUCUACGUGCGCAUCUACCAGAUCGCCAAGCGCCGCACUCGCGUGCCGCCCAGCCGCCGGGGUCCGGACGCCCACGCCGCCGCGCCGCCUGGGGGCGCCGAGCGCAGGCCCAAUGGGCUGGGCCCGGAGCGCGGCGCCGGCCCGGGGGGCGCCGAGGCCGAGCCGCUGCCCACGCAGGUCAACGGCGCGCCCGGGGAGCCCGCGCCAGCCGGGCCGCGAGACGCCGACGCUCUGGACCUGGAGGAGAGCUCGUCGUCGGAGCAGGCCGAGCGGCCCCCAGGGGCCCGCAGACCCGAGCGCGGCCUCCGAGCCAAGGGCAAGGCGCGCGCCAGCCAGGUGAAGCCCGGCGACAGCCUGCCCCGCCGCGCACCGGGGGCCACCGGGCCCGGGACCGCGGGGCCCGGGGAGGAGCGCGGCGGGGGCGCCAAGGCGUCGCGCUGGCGCGGGCGGCAGAACCGCGAGAAGCGCUUCACGUUCGUGCUGGCCGUGGUCAUCGGGGUGUUCGUGGUGUGCUGGUUCCCCUUCUUCUUCACCUACACGCUCACGGCUGUUGGCUGCUCGGUGCCGCGCACGCUCUUCAAGUUCUUCUUCUGGUUUGGCUACUGCAACAGCUCCCUGAACCCGGUCAUCUACACCAUUUUCAACCACGACUUCCGCCGCGCCUUCAAGAAGAUCCUGUGCCGGGGGGACAGAAAGCGGGUCGUGUGACCGCAGGCCCCCCGCAGCGGACUGUGGCCUGGGGCGUGGAGGGCGCGUCCGCUGUAGCCUAGGACCUGCCCACCCGCCCGCUCCGUGCUUCCCGGCCUGGAGGGUGCUCUGCGGGGCAUCUGCUGUUGUACUGGGGCGAAGUUCUGGCUGGGAGGGCCACCCCCACUCUUGUUAGGGCUGCUCCUGACCCAGAGGGGUUUCCUGUUGGGCCGCCCCUAAUCAGUAUUGUUUUCCAAGGGUAUUUGCCCUCUUCCCCCAGCCCAGCUCGCCCAGCUGUUCAGAGCAGAGGACUCCAGAGGGCGUGGCUCACACAGGGUAAAUGGGAAGGGGAUCCCCCACCCUGGCUCACUGCUCCUUUCCAGCCCUGAACUCUCUAAUUCUAAAAUACACACUCAGGGCAGCUCCUGCCCGCCCUCCCCAAACACACUAUUUUUGAUAGCAAACCUGGGGGUCCCCAGUGUCGUGGGGCCUCGGGUGUGAUGUUGGGAUCCUGGCUGUGGGGUGCCCUUCAGGCAGGCCCAGCGUCUUUUCCAGGCCAAGCCCCUUUGCAGUGCAAGCCCUUUUCUGGUGGUGUUUUGUCUCUCUGUGUCCUUUUCACCAGCAACUGGUGACUGUCCCUUGGACGGGACCUGCUUUGAGAUUUCCUGGCAGAGAAAAGAUUUCUGUCCUUUCCCCCCUGUGCCUGACAGCAUAAUUGCCUUUUCCUAUGUAAAUAUUACAGUGAUGGACCAAGACAGAAGUAAAUGAACUUUUCUGCUUUGCAUCAGCCCUGUGUAUAAAGCCAUUAUCCUCUGAGGCCCCGUUUGCCCCAGUAACUCACUUUAAAGCGCACUUUCCGGUGGCCUCGCCUCCCUCUGGGGCUGUGCUUGAAGAAUCUGUAAGUUUCUAUCUCUGAUGUGUGUGCACCCCGCCUCCCCAAGCGCUGACGGAGGGGAAAUCUUUUAGCUGCUGUUUUUAGACACAGAGGCCUGGAAAUUAUGUGCAAGAAGCAAACCCGAUACAAUUUGCCCAAGGUAAACAAUUUGAAAACACAAAUGGGCCUGCCGGACUGUACAGUUCCUGCCCCUAGAGCUCUUAGGUAUCAAAGUGUUGUCCUUCCCCGGCUUCUUGGGGAUCCUGUCACUGAUGAACUGCCAAGUCGGGAGGAGGCAGAGCCCUCGUGUUUACAGCCCGGGUUCUGCAUGUUUCAGACGGGGACAGUUGAAGGCCUGCGCUCUUCUUCACUAAAGACAAACUAAUGUCAGCACAUGUUGCUAAUGACAGUGGAUUUUUAAAAAUAAGUUUACAGAUCAAAUGUGAAAUAAAUACGAAUUAAGUGUU